CGGCUCCCGGGCCGGUAGCGCCGCUUUCCGUCGCGCGACUGGUCUUGUGGAACCGCUGGUCUCGGGCGCGCUCCGUCUGCCACUGCUCAGCCCAGCGCCGCCAAGACCGUCGGUCCCGAGCCUCCGCCAUGGAUUUCGACGACGAUUACACACACUCUGCUUGCAGGAAUACUUAUCAGGGAUUUAAUGGAAUGGAUCGUGAUUAUGGCCAUGGAUCUUAUGGAGGGCUGGAUCGUGACUAUGGCCAUGGAUCCUAUGGGGGUCAAAGAUCCAUGGACUCCUACCUAAACCAGUCAUAUGGCAUGGACAAUCACAGUGAUGGUGGUGGGGGUAGCAGGUUUGGACCUUAUGAGUCUUACGACUCCAGGUCUUCUCUGGGUGGGCGAGAUCUGUACAGAUCUGGCUAUGGUUUUAAUGAACCCGAACAAAGCCGCUUCGGAGGUAGUUAUGGUGGUCGAUUUGAGAGCUCCUACCGGAAUAGCCUUGACUCUUUCGGAGGUAGAAACCAGGGCGGGUCUAGCUGGGAAGCACCUUACUCCCGUUCAAAAUUGAGGCCUGGGUUUAUGGAGGACAGAGGAAGAGAGAAUUACUCUUCCUACAGCAGUUUUUCUUCACCCCAUAUGAAGCCUGCACCUGUAGGCUCUCGGGGGAGAGGAACGCCUGCUUAUCCUGAAAGUACGUUUGGAAGCAGAAACUAUGAUGCUUUUGGAGGACCAUCAACAGGCAGAGGCCGAGGCCGAGGACAUAUGAGUGAUUUUGGAAGCAUUCAUAGACCUGGAAUUGUUGUUGACUAUCAAAACAAACCCGCCAGUGUGACAAUUGCUGCAGCAAGAGGAAUAAAGAGAAAAAUGAUGCAACCUUUUAAUAAGCCUGGUGGAACCUUUAUCAAGAAACCCAAGCUAGCAAAGCCCGUGGAGAGGAUGGCCCUCAGCAAAUCACCAACAAAAACUGAUCCUAAAAAAGAAGAAGAAGAAAAGCGACGGAUUGAGGCUCGGCGAGAGAAACAAAGACGCAGAAGAGAAAAAAACAGUGAGAAGUACGGAGACGGAUACAGAAUGGCUUUCACAUGUUCAUUUUGUAAAUUUCGAACAUUUGAAGAGAAAGAUAUUGAACUACAUCUGGAAAGUCCUUCUCAUCAGGAAACAUUAGAUCACAUUCAGAAGCAAACCAAAUUUGACAAAGUAGUUAUGGAGUUUUUGCAUGAAUGUAUGGUCAAUAAAUUUAAGAAAACAUCUAUUCGCAAGCAACAGACAAAUAAUCAAACAGAAGUUGUAAAAAUCAUAGAAAAAGAUAUUAUGGAAGGUGUUACUGCUGAUGACCACAUGAUGAAAGUAGAGACUGUUCACUGCAGUGCUUGCAGUGUGUACAUCCCUGCUUUACACAGUUCAGUUCAACAGCAUUUAAAAUCUCCUGAUCACAUCAAAGGGAAGCAGGCUUAUAAGGAACAAAUCAAAAGAGAGAGUGUCUUGACUGCUACAAGCAUUUUAAAUAAUCCAAUAGUGAAGGCACGAUAUGAACGCUUUAUUAAGGGUGAAAAUCCUUUUGAAAUUCAAGAUCAUUCUCAAGAUCAACAAAUAGAAGGAGAUGAGGAGGAGGAAGAAAAGAUUGAUGAGCCUGUUGAAGAAGAAGAGGAGGAAGAAGAGGAAGAAGAAGAGGAAGAAGCAGGAGAAGCAGAGGAAGUGGAAGAAGUAGAAGAAGUGGGGGAAGGUGGAGGAGAAGAGGAAGUAGAGGGCGAGGGCAGCACAGCGGUGGGUGGGGAGGACAUACCAGUGGAGGAAAGUGAAGUAGGAGGUGGAGAGGAGGCGGGAGGACAAGUGGAGGAAGUAGGGCAAGAAGAAUCAAAGGAGGAAACUGUGAGUCCCCCUGUUGACCAACCUGAAGAAAAUUAAAUGUAAGGUAUUAGAUUUAAAAGAAGCUUUAAAUUUCUGUCCUAAUGUGGAAAAGGGUAAGAAUUUCAAUAGUUUAAAUAUGAGAGCUAACACCCAUGUUGCAUGCAUUCCACACAUUGAAUUUUAUUUUAUAUAAUUUUUAAAUGUUUGCAUUUGUUUAAUAAAAUGAAGGUAAGGCUAUUUUAGUUUAGUUUUUAUAGUUACCAAACUUAGAUUCAGUAAAUUGUUUGUAUAAUUUUUAGAUUUAAUUUUUAUUACUUUAUUGGUGUUAAGGAUGACAGGUGUGUAUUGUUAGUAUACCCUAAUCAUUUAAACUUAAAUGCUGCUCUUGGGAGUAUAUAUUCAAGUGUGCAUUAAUGUUUUGAAUACUUACCCUAGAGAGAGAAAUUGGGCAAGUAUUUUGUGCUGUGUAUUUUUUUACUGCAUUGGACAUUGACUAGUAAUUUGCGUUGAGAUACGCUUAAAGGCUUUUUGUGACCAUGUUUCCCUUUGUAGCAAUAAAAUGUUUUGUACAAAAAACUUUCUCCCUGGAUUAGCAAUUUUAAAUCAGAGUUCCUCAAUUAAAUGAGCAUUUAAAAUUAGGAUUUGCCUUAAUGUAUGAGUUCAGCUCACAAGUAUUUCAAGAUAAUUGAGAAGACUUGAAUUAAAAAAUUAUCUCUCAUAUUUUUAAAAAGUUUGACUAAAAUAUUUUUUUAACAUUUCAAAUAGAGGUCAGUCAAACCUGACCUGUUUAUACUUGUUUUUUUUUUUUUUUCCAUUUAUCUCUGUGCCUGUGUCAACUUGAAAUCUUCUUGAAAAUACAUUUGAAUAUAAAUAAUUUUUCAUAGUUGUAUUAGUUAUAUUGUCAUGACCAUUUUUGGUUGAAGAACCAAGAAACAAACAACUUUUUUUUAAGUUUCUCACAUAAUACUCUCACCUUUAAUUUUUUUGACUCAUAUGCUUAUCUAUUCAGAAAGAGGAGGAGAUACAUGAUCUAUUUUCAAAUAACCAUAUACGUUAUUGAAAAUAGUUAUUCAAGUUUUUACUCUGGCCUCUUUCAAGAGAGGGGACUCAUUCAGUGAAAUUCUCAAAAUUUUGAGACAGCAAAUGAAUAUUGGAAUAUUAUUUUUAAGGCAUUAAGUAGAUGUAUGUAUGAGCAUUUGUGGAAUUUUACAGAAUAUUUCUCUCUGCAUGCAGUAAAACUCCUAAAAAUUGGUUUAUUUUGGCCAAUAACAGCUUAUUGUUGUAGACUAGGUUUGCUAUCUAUCUUUUAGCUGGGAGAAUUUAUUAGGUAUUUAUAUCUACUUGUUAGGAUAUGAAGCAAAAUAACUGAAGAUUAGUUGAAGACAAGAAAUUCAAACCCCAAGAUCCUAUAUUAAAAAGACUUCAGAAAGUCUCAUUGCUUAACUAGUUCAAACUUUAAGGGUAGUAGGAUUGAUCAACUCUUGUUUCUCUUAUUUUAAAAGAGUUCUUCGUGGAAGAACUGAGGUAAAAGAAUACCUCUGGGUUAGAACUAAUGGGUUCUUUUGGUUUAAUUAUGUAGGGGGGUAUAUUUUUGUUUGUUUUUAAAGAGUGUGUUUGCUAAUUUGAUCGAGAUGUGAAACUUUUCGGAAGAAUUCUGUAUAACAAAAAUCCUGUGUAACAACUUCUACGUAAAUGUUUUAGAAUGAGAGAUAGGAAAGAAAUCUAAGUAGUAACUUUUGUGAGAAACAUGUAAGAAUAUUUAUUCAGACUAGCUUAUUUGCAAGGUAUUAAUAAAGUAUUUUGUUAAUGUGCUUGAUUCAGAAAUUCAAAUUUAUGUAUAUCCUACUGGAUUAUUUGUAGAUAGUUCAGUUUGUAGGGAGAUUAAUUUCUGUCAUGUGUUAGUAUUUUAUAUUUUAAAUACUUUUGUAAUAAGGAGUUAUAUGAGAUUUAAUAACUUCAGCCUCUGUUAU